GCAGACACACCAUCAGGCGGUGCAUUCUCAACCGGGGACUAGUUUCCAGUCCUGCACUUGGGUCUGAGUAAACAGCACCGCCCCGAUGGUUGUUUGUUUUAAGUGUGGAGCGAUCCAUCGCAGCGCGCCGGGCUCGAUUGACACUGUCUGCUGAUCUGCUGCUGCGGAUUGCUCAGAAUAACAAGGGCUGCUCGCUAAUUCCCGUCCACCGGGGCUUCACCGAAACACCGAGAGAGUCGGGUCCUCCAAAAAAAAAAAGAAAAAGAAAAAGAAGGGCCAACAAGGCAGAGGCGAGAGACCGCCGCGCCGCCGGAGUCCGCACCCCAGAAUGGCUUCGGGAGACCUUUACGAGGUGGAGCGGAUCGUGGACAAAAGGCGGAACAAGAAGGGUAAGUGGGAGUACCUGAUCAGGUGGAAAGGUUAUGGAAGUAAGGAAGACACAUGGGAGCCCGAGCACCACUUACUGCACUGCGAGGAAUUCAUUGACCAGUUCAACAGCUUGAGACUGCACUCACACAGACGGCCCAAAGCUCCGAAAAGUCGCGGAGAGACCCUCAUCACCAGCCACCCAUCUGCUGCAGAAAACAGAGCUCGGUCAGACGCUCGAAAAAAGAAAAGGACUGGUGGCCCAGCUGCGGGGGUCGGAGUAGGACCUCUUUUAGGGAUUGGAAGUGGAGGGUCAGGGCCUUCUCUGAAGCAAAGGAAGAUGAGUGUAGGACCUGUAAAACAUACUUUAGGCGACAGAAUGAGCAAAGCCAUGACCUACAAGGCUCCUGUACCAAGGGGGGCUCACUUUGUUCCCCCAGUGAGGGUUCCUCAUAAUGGACUCCAGAAUGGAGACUUGGAGCCUCUCGUGUACAGGACAGCAGCAAGGUCACAUAGACCAACAGACAAAGUGGAUGGAGAACAAGACACGGAUACCACUGGACAGCAGUACACCACUGAACUAGGCUGCCCUCUUGCAAACGGAAAGAUGCAUCUGCACAGCUCAGUAAAGCGGAAGCUGGCUGACGAGAAAGGCUACGUGUUCGACAAGCGGCUCAGGUACAACGUGCGACAGAACGAGAGCAGCUGUCGCUUCCGAGACAUUGUGGUCAGGAAGGAGGAGGGGUUCACACAUGUCCUGCUCUCCAGCCAGACGACGGACAACAACGCCCUGACGCCAGAGAUCAUGAAGGAAGUGUGUCGAGCUCUGGGAAAUGCAGCCGCGGACGACAGUAAGUUAUUACUGCUCAGCUCCGUGGGAACAGUUUUCUGCAGUGGUCUGGAGCUGUCCUACCUGAUAGGGCGUCUGUCCACUGACCGCAGGAAAGAGAGCAGCCGUAUCGCAGAUGCUGUGCGGGACUUUGUGUUGGCAUUCAUCCAUUUCAAGAAGCCUAUUGUGGUGGCUAUAAACGGGCCGGCUCUCGGCUUAGGAGCUUCCAUCCUGCCACUGUGUGAUGUGGUGUGGGCCAGUGAGAGGGCCUGGUUCCAAACUCCAUGUGCAGCGCUCCAUCUCACCCCCUCUGGAUGCUCCUCUUACACCUUCCCCCAGAUCCUGGGUGUAGCUCUGGCCAACGAGAUGCUGUUCUGUGGAAGGAAACUCACAGCACAAGAAGCGUGCAGUCGAGGUCUCGUGUCACAGGUCUUUUGGCCAACCACAUUUAACCAAGAGGUGAUGCUGCGUGUGAAGGAAAUGGCGUCAUGCAAUGCAGUGGUUUUAGAAGAGUCCAAAUGCCUGAUGAGGAGUAUCCUCAUGUCGCUCAUGGAGGAAGUGAAUGAGAAAGAGUGUCAGAUGCUGAGGCAGCUGUGGUGUUCAACCAAAGGACUUGAGGCCCUCUUCAGCUAUCUGCAGAACAAGGCAUAUGAGAAGUAAUCAUCCCCACCCAGGAAAUCAGAGAUGGUCCGGCCGACCCUACCUACAGAGGGACAUUCAGGAUGAGAUCUUAAACUAAAGGAGAAGUUUUGUGAUGGUCCUUUGUUUCCAUCCAUCAGCAGAGGCGAUACACUGGAGUUCUGUUUGCUUACAUCGCAAACAACAAAAAGAAUAUCUUCAUCCAACCUUUUUAUUGGAACCACAACCGUCCAGAUGUUUCUCCCCUUAUUUUAGAUAGUCAAAGAGCAAAGGGCCAAACGUGUUUAGCUGAAAUGUAUUGAGGAACAGAGUGUUUCUGCACCUAUACGAAACUUAAUUGUCAGGAUGUACAAAAUCAGUUUACGUCUGAAAGCACAUGAUUAAUUUAAUGUUAAUAUAUAUUAAUAUAUUUAUUUCAGAUAGAACAGUUGCUUUCUGUAUAUAAGAUACAGGUUUCAGGAUUUUCUUUUACUCGGUUAUUGUUUUGACUUGAAGUGUAAAAACCAAAGUUGGCAUGAGGACAGUUUCUUGCUCCUUAACAUUCACAUUCCAUCCGCUCUGCAUGGACGAAGAAAACGAAUAGAAAACUCAUACAUACUCAUUUUCAGAUUCACAGACCACUUAAAGAAAGUUGAUAUACAUUUUUUGGGAUGGAUGAUACUUGCACCCAGCUGUCCAGAGCCAUCAAUGCUAUUGUACCCAGUUUUGGACUGAAUUGGACCACUUCAAGAGUGCUUCAGCAGUGGGGGGGAGUCUCUGGCAGAGAGGCUUUCUGACAUGUGGUUAACUAGUGUAAAAGGUUUAUUUCUACCCAAACCAUGAUCGGUUUCUUGAACCUGACCAACUAUUUUUGUUGCCUUAACUCUAAAAAUCAUAAUAUAUUUGAAAAUAAUCAUGACUGCUGCUCCCUUAAUUAUGAAAUGAUAUUAAAAAGGUGAAAGAAAGCAGACAUAACAACAGAUGUAACCUAUUUUUUUAGUAUUUCAAUCGUGCGUUCACACACUAGACAAGUCCAAUCAAGACACAGGACCUCAACAAAUGAUCUCUGUGUAGAAAUCACAGAGACGACAUGAUGGAAUGUGACUUCAGAAUAAAAACCAACAUUCCGACUGUCCACCUGGUACGGGGAAAUUCUUAUUUAUGGUGUUGGAAGCCAUUUUUUUCCUGAUCUAAAUACAAGCACGCAACAUCUAGCCUGUCAACUCUGAUUGGCUAUUGCUGAUUUCUGCUCACUCGCCAAAUCGUUCUUCCUUUCAUACUACACGAGUAUCAAACAUGAAUCGGUUGGAUAUUGCUCUGGUGUGCAACAGGCACAAGUCGACUUAGUAUGAAGAUGAGUCAAUAUCAAGUUUUGAGUCCACACAGAAGACCUGUGGUGAAAGUCCUCCUGUGUGAAAGUCCUGCAUCAUGGCCUUCUCUGCUUAGACAUGUUCACAACAACACAGCAUCUCUAGAGGAAAUCAGGUGAGUGGUGGUGCAGCCGACAGAGGCAGGAUGUAACAUGUCACGUGUUUUUGUUUACAGAACAUCAACACUGGCAUCAGCCCUUAAACUCUCUUGACAUCUCAGUUGUUUCUUUCUACAUGUAUACCAUAUAUCAUCUGGAGAUAUUUAAUUUCUUUUCUUUUUUUUUGUGUCUGUCACGUGUUCAUCUACACCCCCACACAUUGGCUCUUUUUCACAAGGUGGCCGGCCAGAGAAACUCCUGAGAGAGUCCGGAGCUUCUCACUCGUCCUCAUGAUGUUCUGCAGAGUUCAGUGCAUGUCUGAAAGCAGCUAUACUAGUGAGGAUAUCCUCAACGUUCAUCUGUAUGAUGUUAUUUUCAGCUACAAUAAAAUAUAUUCUAUAUAUAUGGGUUUAAUAUAACUUAUUUAUACAAAUAAAAUCUCAUUGAAGUCAGGAUUUUUCCUUCAAAGGAAAUGCUUCUUUUUUUCUUUUUUUGUUCAAGUCAGAGGAAUUGGAGAACACUGGACGUCUAAUGUAGAUGCUACACGUGCAUGUACAAAAUGUCCGCUUUUAUUUGGCUUUUGGGUUUGAGUUUAAAACCACUUUAUGAUUAAAUGAAUAAGGGUCACGUUUCACAUGGAAGGAUUAGCAAUGAGUUGUAUCCCAUUUGUUUGAGCUCCAUAUAGUAGCCUCGCAUGUGGAACGGUGGUGGUUCAUACACACAACAUGGCUUCCAGUUAUCAAUGCAGAUGGUGAUUGUGUGAAAUGGGAUUUGAAAUCACUUUGACAUCACCUGAUGCUUCUCGCUCUGUGGUCUCGUGCUCACGUCAUGAUUACACUAAUCGUUAGUGAUCAAUAUUGUGACAAUGCAACAGUUGUGUACCUGGAGUCAACUUUGUCCUUGUAUCUGCAUGUGUUGAGUUGAGAUUUGAAUCAAUUUUAUAUUUUAAUGUAAACUAUAGUUAGGAUCUAUUUUGUUUUACCCUCCGAAAAAGAUGUUGGUCUGUGAAAUGUUUUGUAAAAAACUGAAGAUAUUUGUCAAUAUUUGCAGUUGUACACAUGCAGUAAAGAAGAAUAUAGAGAUAAUAUGUUGACUGUUAUGUGGAACACAGUGCAUGUAAUAUACUGUACAUAUACGAAUGCGUUGCCUGUGUGAAUGCCUUGUGUGUCAGGGUAUAUUUUGUACCAGCAAUGUAAGUAUUGUUAGAAAUGUUGCAGUUUAUUUUUGUAUUUAUUUGAGAUAAGUGUGGAUGUGCAGUGCCAUGUGGUUUCCUUUGCUCCGGAGGCACCCCCCCCCCCCCCCACCACGCUCAUCUAAACUAUCUUAUAAACACUUUGAUGAAAUAAUGGGUCAGGAAAAUAAUUUAUACAUAUUUAAUAUCAAAGCAAACACUGUUGUCACUUGAAUGUUAUACUUUUAAUUUGACAUUAAAUAAUUUUCUGUAAAUUACUGAGGUCAGAUAAUGUAAUAUUUGAGCUUGUGCUUUAAUGAGCUGCUGUGAGUAUAAAGGAUUGUUUCAAGCAUAAAAUACUCCAAGAGGUUGUUAAAUCAUUUUCAGCUUAUUGAUUGCAGAAGAUAAUUACUUGUAGUUUUUAAUUUAUUAAAUAACCAAAAUAUAUCUUUAUCCUUUCAUACUUACUUGCCAGAUACAUAAUCACCUUCACUGAUUCAGUUCAUACACUCAAAACUGCCACAGGAGCAACUUUGCAGGUUUUUGACCAGAUUUGUCGUUCUUCUGUAAUAAUCAAUUAAAUUCCAACAUUCACAUCCUCAGCCAUGUCCCUGAUCUGAUGAAACUGAGCCUCUCUUACUUGGCUUCAUGGUCCCAAGGAGAGGACAGAAGGACCUGUGUAAUGUGGCCACUUUAACGCAUCAGUGACUGCAAAUCACUCAGGUCUGCAGGCUGUUAAUCUCCCCGAUCCUUCAGAUUAAUGUAUAUUUAUUAAUUUAAAUUUGUAAUACACUAUGAAAGACACCUGAGAUAGAAAAUACAAUAGGUAAAAACUAUUUCGAACUAUCUAAAUUUCCACCUCAUGUUUGACCGUUUGUGUGAAAAUGGAAUUAAACGUAACUUAGCUACAACAGAAAAAACCUAUGACUAAAUGUACUCCUGUUUGCAUCCUUAUUUGUGACAAAUUAUACUAUUUCUGUCAGGUUUCCUUUUUUUUUUGUCUUUAACAACCACAUUACUUUAAGUUGACUCAUAUAUGCGUUUGUCUUCCUCAUCAAAGCACAUCUUUGGGGUGCCUUGCAAUCCAAAUGUCUGUCAAAGACUGAUCCAUACUUUGUGAUGGGUAGAGUGAGCUGCUUCCAAUAAAGAAACAGUACUUUCA